UGCACCUUCUCGCUUCGUCCUGAGAGCCGCCCUGUGAACGAGAAGCUGCUUUUCCCUCUGUCUUAUAGUUUAAGAACGUACACAAUUGUCUCAUCGGACCAGAUCGAGCAGCUCCGCCGGAGGUUUAAGCAGCUGAGCGGAGACCAGCCCACCAUUCGCAAGGAGCACUUCAACAACGUCCCUGACCUGGAGCUCAACCCGAUCCGAUCCAAAAUCGUCCGUGCCUUCUUCGAUAACCGGAACCUGCUCAAGGGCCCCAGCGGCCUGGCCGACGAGAUCAAUUUUGAGGACUUCCUAACCAUCAUGGCCUACGUCCAGCCCAUCCACGUCACCAUGGAUGAGGAGCAGGUGCAGCUGUGCCAGAAAGAGAAGCUGCGAUUGUUCCACAUGUAUGACUCGGACAGCGACGGCCACAUCACCCUGGAGGAAUAUCGAAAUGUGGUGGAGGAGCUGCUCUCGGGGAACCCGCACAUAGAGAAGGACUCGGCCCGCUCCAUCGCCGACGGGGCCAUGAUGGAGGCGGCCAGCGUCUGCAUGGGGCAGAUGGAGCCUGACCAGGUGUACGAGGGCCUCACCUUCGAAGGCUUCCUGAAGAUCUGGCAGGGGAUCGACAUCGAGACCAAGAUGCACGUCUGCUUCCUUAACAUGGAGACCAUGGCCCUCUGCCACUGAGCGCUCCCUGCG